GGUCAUACAAACGUAACAAACGAGAACGAAGACUGACGUGCGCCUGCGGUUUGAAAAAAACAGUGAUUAAGAGUUCGGUUUAUAUAGAUCAAUAUAUCGAUUAAAUAUAUGAUCGUUGAACUAUCUGCUAUAUUAUAUCUUUGUAAAUAUAGUCAAUAUUUAGACAAUGACUGUGAAAAGUUCUUGGCUGGUGUGGUUGGCAAGAAUCAAAUGUGCCAUCAACCAAGUGAUGAUUGUCCUUCUGAUUAACGUGCCAACCAUUUCAUUCGGGCUGGCAAUGGGCUGGGUGUCCCUCGCAAGUGGCGAAGCAGGCCCCGAAGCCUCCCGCGGGGCAGUCAUCGCUUCUGUGACUACGUUCGCUGCUUCGCUCGUCGGUGUACCACUCAGCGCUAGAGCUCUGCUUGCUGGAAGAAAAGUAGCGCUCAUUGGGACGUCGGCUUCCUUUGUGAUAUGCUGGUCGCUGAAGCUGGCCAGUGUGUGGGGCGGCGAGUGGUGCAUCGUGGCGGCGCGAGUUGCUGCGGGCCUGGGUGGUGCUGCGGCUUGGGCACUGUCUCCGUUACUGGCCAGAGAGAUGUGCAGUGAGAAGUACCGCGGUGCUGCUGUAUCAGCCUUAGCAUUGACUCACAAUGCUGGAGUACUGAUAAUGUAUCUGGCAGCAGACUCUGCUUUGACACACAGGACUGUGCUAUGGUGGUGCUUGGGCUUAGCUCUGGUACAUUGCUUCGUGUUCGCUUUUGUGCCUGAGUCUCCAUCCUUCCUUGCGGCUAAGGGAAAAAUUAAGGAGGCGCGCGUCGCACUAGCUUGGUUCAGAAGUAUGUCAGUAGACGACCCUGCGUUAGAAACUGAAUUGGCUGCACUCCCACCGCCUGAGAGCGAACAGACUCCAUUUAGCCUCGCUAAAGAAAUGUUGAAAGAUCUACAAAGAAGGCGAGCAUUCAUCAUCGGUGCAAUAGCAGUUAUAGGACAAGAAGUAUGCGGUAUACUCGCUAUCAUGCAAUACGCAGAACGAGUGUUCGUACUAGCACGUGAAGAAGUAAAAGUAAAUGAAACACCAUUCAUAGAAGUGUUAAAUAAAACUCUAACAAGCAGUUUACUACAUAAAACAACAUCGAGGGAAGGUUUAACUGAUACAGUAGCUAAUGUGUUGAACAGAACUGUAGCUACCAGUUUAAUAGAUAAAGUAACAUCGACUGAAGCUAUUGAUGUUGUAGCUAUGUCAGUGGAACAUGGAAUGUCGUCUGAGUUGGUGACACCGGCGCGACAUGCGGUUAUAAUCGGAGCAGUUCAAUUGGCGACGUCGGCUUUAUCGCUGUAUCUCGUUGAAAGGGUUGGACGAAGGCCCUUGUUGAUAUGGUGCGCGGUACUGACGGGAGUAUCCCUGGCGCUGGCGGCGUGGCUGGUGGGCGUGAGCACGAAUGGCACCGCCAUCGCCAUUGCUGUGGCCAUCGCAGCGGACUCUGCGGGUCUGCAGCCUGCGCCGUACGCCGUGCUCGCUGACAUGUUCCAUUAUCAGUAUCGCGGCUGUGCUUUGAUGCUGGUAACAGCUGCUGGUUGUAUAGCAAAUGCACUAGAAGUGGCAAUAUUUCCCGCAGCUGUCGCAGCCGGAGGACUCCGUACAGCACUAAUACUUGCAGCUGUGAUAACCCUCUCAUACGCUGUAUUCACCAUCAUCGCCGUCCCCGAAACGAGAGGCAAAACCCCCGAGGAGAUAUACAACGCCAUCUAUCCGUUGAAGGAGGCAACUGACUGUGAAAGUGGACAAAAAAAGUGCCCAGUACUUUCUGAUAAAGAGUGUAGUGUUACGGAUUGUGGAAAUAACGUUGAGAAAUCUGUGUGUACAAAUCUACAACUACCUAGAUUCAUUAUAAUUUCGAAAUAUAAAAACCUGAAAAAUAUCCAAGAACAUAUAAACAAUAAAACUAUGGGUCUACUAGACAAGUUGUCAGCUUGGAUGGGUGGAGGAGUCACCCAGGCGACCGUAUUAGUGCUGGGAUUAGACAACAGUGGGAAGACGUCAUUACUCAACGCUCUACGCCCUCCUGAACAAAGGGCAGCGCUCACUGUGCCCACGGUAGCCCAGCAACAGGAUCAGUUCCAAAGUGGUGGGGUAUCAUUCAGCGCGUGGGACGUGUCUGGUGCCGCUCGCAUGCGCGCGCUGUGGGAGCGUCACUAUCGCUACGCGCACGCUGUCAUCUUCGUCGUGGAUGCUGCAGACCAUCUACGAUUAGUGGUGGCCCGGGAAGAGUUGGAGCUGAUGCUAGCGCACCCGGACAUGUUCGGGCGGCGAGUACCACUGCUUGUCCUUGCCAACAAGAGCGAUGCGUCUCACGCCUUGUCUGCCACACAUGUUGCCGCUGCUCUAGGUUUGGAGCGUAUAGCGGAUAAGCCUUGGCACAUCUGCGCCUGCAGUGCCCUCACAGGAUCCGGCCUUCCUGAUGGGAUAGCGUGGCUUGCUCGUCAACUGCGGGAGCAAAAAAAUAAAUAAAUAUAUCACAAAAUGAUA